AUGGCCGGGCAAGUUUUGACAAAAAGAUGCAGUGCUCUCAUGACGGUAAUGUUUUUCUUGGUAUUAUUUAUGGCACACGUAUCUCACGCAAACACGGUAGAUAGUUGUCUCAAACAUUGUCCGCAUCAAUGCACGAAAGAGACCAAAGAUGCGACUCAUGCUGUAUGCGAAAACGCUUGCAAGAAAAUGUGCAACGAACAACAGCUCGGUUCUGAAAAAUAUAUCAUUCCUCGAAAACAACGACAAACCAUCGCCUGUAGAUGGAUGAAAUUCGGAUGCGUUUAA